AUGGCUGACUGGGAUCAAGUCACCAAGAUUGGCAGCAAGACCCGUGGCCCUGGUGCCUCGGAGCGCGAGACUGUCAUCCGUGGAAAGAGUGCUUUAAACGCGGCUGCACGAAGCGGUGCCGUUGUUGGUACCGAGAAGAAGUACGCUUCUUCCAACGCCAGUUCAGGUGGUGCUGAGGGUCAGCGCCUGACCAAGGUCGACCGAUCCGACGACAUCAUCAAGCCCAACACCAUUGGCAAGGUGGUUGGCGAUGCCAUCUCCGCCGCCCGACAAAAGAUGGAGCCCAAGAUGACACAGAAGGACCUCGCCACCCGAUGCAACACCACGCAGGGCAUUGUCGCCGAUUUUGAGCGAGGAACUGCCACUCCCGACCAGAAAGUUCUCUCAUCCAUGGAGCGUGUGCUCAAUGUCAAGUUGCGGGGAGCUGACAUUGGUGCCCCGAAGUUCCCUAACAAGAAAUAA